GCGCAGUCCAAAGGGCCUUGUAAACUCCUGCGCGAUUGCACGGAUUCAGGGACGCGCCGUGGCGCCGCGACGCUCCUUGGUUUGACUUUUGUGUUUCAGUUGAGUUCCCUGACGCGGAGUCUCAGUGUGUCGCAAGCAGUUGUCUCCAAACGUGCUGUUGCCACCAGUGGUCCCACCAAGAGGAGGGGAAUGGCAGACUCACUGGAGUCAACCCCUUGCCUUUCCCUCGAAGAUCGUCUGGCCAAACUCGGUCCUUCUAAGGAGCUCCUGGAAUAUUAUCAGAAGAAGAUGGCUGAGUGCGAGGCAGAAAAUGAGGACUUGUUGAAGAAACUGGAACUCUACAAAGAAGCUUGUGAAGGACAGCAUAAACUUGAAUGUGAUUUGCAGCAGAGGGAGGAAGAGAUCGCGGAACUGCAGAAAGCGCUAAGUGACAUGCAGGUCUGCCUCUUCCAAGAGCGGGAACAUGUUUUGCGCCUCUACUCAGAAAACGACCGACUGAGAAUCAGGGAGCUAGAAGACAAGAACAAGAUUCAGAAUCUCUUGGCUCUUGUGGGAACAGACGCUGGAGAAGUGACCUAUUUUUGUAAGGAGCCUCCUCACAAAGUCACCAUUCUCCAAAGGACUAUCCAGGCUGUAGGUGAACGUGAGCAGAAUGAAUCUUCAGCUUUCAAAGCAGAUCCUAAAAUAAGCAAAAGAAGACCAUCGCGAGAGAGAAGAGGAAGUUCUGAACAUUACCAGAGAGACGUACAGACACUCAUCCUGCAGGUGGAAGCACUGCAGGCUCAGCUGGGAGAGCAGACCAAACUUGCUCGAGAACAAAUUGAAGGGCUCAUGGAGGAUAGACGGAUUCACCUUGAGGAAAUACAAGUUCAGCACCAGAGAAAUCAGAACAAAAUCAAAGAGCUAACCAAAAAUCUUCACCACACCCAAGAGCUGCUCUACGAAAGCACCAAAGAUUUUCUGCAACUCAGAUCUGAAAACCAAAGUAAAGAGAAGUCAUGGAUGCUUGAAAAAGAUAAUCUGAUGUCAAAGAUUAAGCAAUACCGGGUGCAGUGUAAGAAGAAAGAAGAUAAAAUUGGAAAAGUGUUGCCCGUUAUGCAUGACAGUCAUCAUGCUCAAAGUGAAUAUAUUAAGUCCCUAAAAGAUAAGUUAGUCCAAGAGAAAAAGCUGUCCGGUAUGUACCAAGAGCAGUGCAUUUCCUUAGAAGAGGAACUUGCCCGAAUUCGUGAGGAAGAGGGAAUGAGGAGAGAGAUCUUCAAGGAUCGCACUAACAAGAUGGGGAAGCGUUUACAGGUAAUGACAAGACGCUAUGAGGCACUGGAGCGUCGACGGAUCUUGGAAGUAGAAGGCUUUAAGACAGAUAUUAAGGUUCUCCGACAGAAACUGAAGGACUUGGAGCAAAUGCUGUAUAAGGCAACAAUUAAUGUCCGGGCAAACCAGGAUCUUGCCAUUCUGUGUGAGGUCCGUGACAGCAAUAGACGGGCACAUAAGAUACAAGGAGAACUGAAGAAUCUUAAGUCGAAAGUGUUUGGUCUGGAGAAUGAACUGAGACUCUGUUGAUGUCUACUUUUGGAAAUGGCCCCCAUUUAGAAGAGGUGUGCUCCUUGAAACCUGAGGACAAGGUCAUCUGCUGCCAGAAAAUGGAAACCUGAGUUGACUAGAGUGAUGGUGUUGAUUAUUAUGAAGACAGGGUGAAGAACCAGGGACCACUAGGAAAGCUUUUCUUGCAGGCUCAGCUUGCUUUAUCAUUUUUGCUGUCCUUUUAACAUUUGUGGGGAGUAGGGGCCUGGUCCUGAAUGACCUGGAGGCUUUCAUUAUUUAUCCCGUCUGUAUCAACAGGUUUUUGUUUUUUAGAAGACAGUGAAGAUAAAAACUUAGGAAGAAGGUAUUUUGCAGUGAGCUUGGCGGAGUGUCCGUGGGAAGAAUACUUUCCCUGAAGAGAGAGACGCACGCACAGAGGCUGCGGUUUUCCUGAGCUGUGGGAGAAGGCAGCGCAUCACAACCUGUCCCAUUGGAACAGGCGCUCAUUCAGCUAGUUCACCUUCCGUCGUGAGCAGAGCCUGAAUUACGUUUCUGGGCAGUUUCAUGGUGUUUCACCAGAGGGCACUAGAGACUCACAAAACGUCCAUCUGGAAAAAUUAAGGAGACACUUUGGCAAGGGUGAAUGAAACAGAAGUGAUCCUUGUUUGGAAAGUUUGAUAUUUUUAUCAGUAACACGGCUUUUGAAAAAUGAUGUAUAGAUUUUUAAAUUAACUAUUUUCAAUAAAAUAUUUCAUUCAAAAGAU